GCGCCUUUGUGGGUCGCUGGCCUUUCUGGGCCUCGUAGCACUGUUCUCCACCGGUGCUUUGGCCGAUGUUGAAACGAUCAUUGUCCAAAGACAUGUCCAAAUGCUCGGCUCGCAAGAAUGCACGUAUGGUCCGUCAUUUUGGUGCAAAAACAUUACUAAUGCUGCUGGAUGUAAUGCCGUCAAACAUUGUAUUCAAACAACUUGGGUUACACAGACAUAUCCCGAAGAUAAUGAUGAUAUUUGUACAAUUUGUAAAAAUAUGGUGAAAGAAGCUCGUGACACACUCACCAGUAAUGUUACAUUGGAAGAACUAAAAGAAGUCUUUGAUGGAUCUUGUAAAUUAUUGCCAUUGAAAAUAAUUAAAAAUGAGUGUAUGAAAUUAUCGGAUGAUUUUAUACCUGAACUUGUUGACACUUUGGCUUCACAAAUGGACCCUAAUGUUGUUUGCACUGUAUCUGGCCUGUGCAAUAAUGCGCGUAUUGAUAAGCUUCUACUGGAAAAUAAAGGAAAAGAUCAAACAGCAGCUGAUAGUGAAUACCAUCAAUGUGAACAAUGUGCUAUUGCUAUGGACAAAGGAGAAUAUUUAGUACAGAGCAUGUCUAGGAAUGAAGUUUUAAAUAAAAUUUUAAUGAUGUGUGGAGAACUGAGCAGUUAUUCUAAUGCAUGCAGUAGUAUAGUAUUAACAUAUCAAAAUGAAAUAUUUAAUGCCGUUAAGAAUGGCUUUAAUAAACAUAAUGUAUGUAUGUUGAGUGGUAUGUGUUCAGAAGCAUUCCAUCCCCAUGCUGAUGGUUAUGAAAAAUCAAAAAAUGCUUUGAUGGGCGUUGAAAUUAGUAAUGCUGGUGAACGAGGUAUAAUUCAAAUCCAAAAAUCUAAUGAAGUUAGUGAUGAAUUAACAUGCGAAUUUUGUGAAACCUUGGUCAAACAUUUGAGAGAUAUUUUGGUUGCCAAUACAACUGAAGAACAAUUCUCAGACGUACUUAAAGGUCUUUGCAAACAAACUGGGAGUUUCUCAAAUGAGUGUUUGGCAAUAGUUGAUGAAAAUUAUACACGUAUUUAUCAGUUCCUUGUUAAUGAAUUAAAUGGAAAAGUUCUUUGUACAAUAGUUGGCAUUUGCCCCAAAUCUCUUAACUCUCGUUAUAAUCUCAACGACAUUAUACCAAUGUACCCUCUUAUUCCAAUUGAAUUUUUACAAAGCCAGGAAUCCAUCAAAACCGAACAAGAUAGUUCAUUUACUACUAAAAAAGAGCAAAAUGAACGUAAACCUACACUUGUCGUGGUCGAUGAACAACCUCCGAAAGUUCAAAAUAUUAAUGUCAUCAAGAAAUCUCCAAUUAUUGAUAUAUUCUAUAAAGAAAUGCAUUUUGUUGUCAACGAUGUCAAUAUGCCCACUGACAAAACUACAUGUUUCUUGUGCCAGUCAAUUUUAAAUUACGUUCAACAAGUAGUAACUGAUCCAAAAUCUGAAGCGGAAAUUCGUUCAGCAUUGGAAAAAUCUUGCAUGGUUGUGCCAUCAUCAUUUGAACAACAAUGUAAACAGUUUGUCGACCAAUAUGGUGAUGCCUUUAUUUCACUUGUAGCACAAGAAGUUGAUCCAUCAAUAAUCUGUCCAGAAUUGAAAUUAUGUCCAGUAACAGAUUUAUCUUUAACUUCAAACAAAGAUAGUGAAAGUUCAAAUAAUUGUCCUAUGUGUGUUAUUUUUAUGUCAGCUUUAGAAUCUGAAAUUUCUAAUAAAGAUACAGAAGAAGUGAUUAAAAAGAAAUUAGAGAAGUUGUGUACCAAACUACCAUCCAAAUGGAAAGGGGAAUGUACAAAUUUUGUUUCAUCUCAGUUACAAAGCAUACUCGACAUGUUAGUUGCUCAAGUUAAACCUGAAGAAAUUUGUGUUUUAUUGGACAUUUGUAAACCAAAAACCAUUUCUGAAAGUGCUGAAGAUGAUUUAGAAACAAAUAUGAUUGCUACGGCUGGACAAGUUACUAUAGUGUUCCCUGGAUACAAUAUGGGACAAUUAUUGGCUAAUAAUUACAAAAUGUUGGAAGAGCCAAAAAUUCCAACUCCAUUUUGUCUAGUAUGCACUGUUGUAAUGAAAUAUUUGCAUGGUGUCUUCAAAGAUAAAACAAAUCAAGACGAAAUAGAACAGGUUUUAGAUUCAGUAUGUCGCGUAUUACCCAAUGUUGAAGAAAAUGAAUGUCAAUCUUUUAUUGAUGCAAAUUAUCAGCAAAUUAUCAAGUUUAUCCAAAUUGGAACAGAACCAAGUGUUGCGUGUAUGGCAUUAAUGGUGUGUGAAGAGGAUAAAAUCCAAGGUAAAAUAAAUAUUGACCUGCCAAAAAAGAAUGUACAUUUGACUACUACAGAGUCUGUUGAAUUGGAUAGUUCUAUUAGUUGUGCUGCCUGUGAAGCAUUUAUUACUGUAUUUGAAGAUCGUUUAAUCAAUGAUUCAGUAAGCGUUGACGACAUAGACUUGGUUGAGCUGUGCAGUGAAGUUGAAAUCAAUUAUAAGGAUGAGGUCAAUGAUAUGCUGAAUCUCAUCAAGUACAGCUGCAAGGCAAAAUUUGAUGACAACAACGAUUGGCUCAUCAGAGCUGUAAUAGAGAAUUUGCGAACCACAUGCACCAAGUGUGCGGAAAAAAAAGAUGUUAAAUUUCAUCCAAAGUGUAGCAUUUGCAAAGAUGUGAUCCAUGACAUAAAACAUAAAAUUGAAACCUCUCCACUAGAAAAAGAUAUUCAGUACAGAUUAGAAUCAUUAUGUGAUGUUCUACCAGACAAAAGCAAAUGUGUUGACUUUGUGGAGCAGUACACCCAAAAACUUCUCAACACUUUAAUAGAUGACAUCAAAGAACAAACCUUAUGUGCUGAAAUUGGAUAUUGCUAAUAUCCUUUUUACGAAAAUCAUAUUGUAUGAACAAAUCCCCUACUGUUCAUUAACGUUAAGAACUGAUAUUUACUCAAUUUAGUCAUUGAUCUUUUUUUAAAAUUAAAAUAAUCUUAACAAUGUUACUAUUUUUAAGAAAUAAAUAGACACAAAUUAUAAAAAGAAA